CUCAGCCAUUUCUUCGUAGGUAAAAAGCUCCCCGAAACUCGCAACGCGCCGGCGAAGGGUUGGAUUGACUGGCAAGCAUGUCUGACUUUAUUGAGAGUGAGGCUGAGGAGUCAGAGGAGGAGUUUGAUGAGAAACAACUAAAGCCAGCCAAGACCCAGAGGUUCAUGGAGGAUGAUGAUGAGGAAGAAGAAGAGAAUACAGAAGACCAGGAUGAGCAAGGGAAUUUAAGAGGACUCAUUGAUGAUGGAGAAGAGGAGGACGAAGAAGAGGAGGAAGAAGGGAGCGCUAGUGGAGCCGGCAGUGACUCGGAGGAUGAAGUUAGACAUCGACGCAAGAAACGCAACUAUGAUGAUUACCUGGAUGACGAUGACCUUGACCUCAUCGAGGAGAACCUGGGAGUUAAAGUGAAAAGAAGGAAAAAGAAAUACGACCGUGUGAAGACGAUGGACGAUGAUGAAGAGGAUGAUGAUGAGAAGGACUUGAUCGCAGACGAGAUCUUCACUGGAGACGGGGAUGGUGAGGGAGAGCUGGAGGAAGGAGAGACGGUCGAUGUGCCCCUCCGGCAGACAGCUGAUGAUGAAGGAGAGGAUGAUGAGUCAGACAUUGAUGAUUUCAUCGUGGAUGAUGAUGGCCAACCCAUCACCAAGAAGAGAGGCAAGAAGUUCUCAGCAUACACAGAUGCAGCCCUCCAGGAGGCCCAGGAGAUUUUUGGAGGAGACUUUGACUUUGCUGACUUUGACACAUUGGCCUAUGACCAGGGUGAGGAGGAGGAGGAGGACCAAGAUGAAGAGAGUUGGGACCGGCCCAAGAAGCAGACAAAGAGAAGGCAGGGGAGGAAGAGUAUAUUUGAGAUAUAUGAGCCUAGCGAGCUGGAAAGCAGCCACAUGACGGAUCAGGACAACGAGAUCCGCUCCACAGACAUGCCUGAGAGGUUCCAGUUAAGGUCCAUCCCUGUGAAACCAGCUGAGGAUGAUGAGCUGGAAGAAGAGGCGGAGUGGAUCUUCAGACAUGGUUUCUCCACCCUUACCAUCUCCAUGCAGGAGAACACAGAUUACCUGGACAGAGGGACAACCACAAACUUCAGCAGGAAAGGACCGAGCACAAUCGCCAAGAUCAAGGAGGCCCUCAACUUCAUGAGGAACCAACACUUUGAGGUUCCAUUCAUCGCAUUUUACAGGAAAGAGUAUGUAGAGCCAGAGCUAAACAUAAAUGACUUAUGGAAGGUGUGGCAGUGGGAUGAGAAGUGGACUCAGCUAAAGACCCGCAAGCAGAACCUGACCCGUCUGUUCCGGAGGAUGCAGUCCUAUCAGUUUGAGCAGAUCUCUGCCGAUCCUGACAAACCUUUGGCUGAUGGCAUUCGUCCCCUGGACACCGCUGACAUGGAGAGGCUGAAAGAUGUCCAGUCUCUCGAUGAGCUGAGUGACGUGUACAACCACUUUUUGCUCUACUAUGGCCGAGACAUCCCCAAGAUGCAAAAUGCAUCCAAGUCCAGCAAAAAGAAACUUAAGAAGAUUAAAGAAGUGUCAGAGGAUGGUGAGGAAGAGGAGUUGGAGGUAGAGGAGGAGGAAGAAGAGCAACGCAAAGGACCUGAUCUCAAGCUGGCUUCUCGCAGGGACAUGUACAGCAUUUGCCAGAGUGUAGGCCUUGAUGGCUUGGCUAAAAAGUUUGGGUUGACUCCAGAACAGUUUGGAGAAAAUCUGAGAGACAGCUACCAGCGUCACGAGACUGAGCAGUUUCCUGCCGAACCUGUGGAGCUGGCCAAAGAUUAUGUGUGCAGUCAGUUCACCAGUCCUGAGGCAGUGCUCGAGGGAACCAGGUACAUGGUGGCUAUGCAGAUUGCUCGUGAACCUCUGGUUAGGCACGUCCUCAGACAGACCUUUCAGGAAAGGGCCAAGGUUAACAUCAAGCCCACCAAAAAGGGCAAAAAGGAGAUAGACGAAGCUCAUUUUGCCUACUCAUUCAAGUAUCUCAAAAAUAAGCCUGUGAAGGAACUGAAUGGGGAUCUGUUCCUAAAGAUGUGCCUGGCCGAGGAUGAGGGGCUGCUAAACAUUGACAUCUGUAUUGACCUCAUGGCGGUCAAAGGGUAUGCUGGUGACCAGACGUACUUCGAUGAGAUCAAGCAGUUCUACUACAGGGAUGAGUUCAGUCACCAGGUGCAAGAGUGGAACAGACAGCGGACCUUAGCCAUAGAGAGAUCCCUCAACCAGUUCCUCUACCCUCAGAUGGCCAAGGAGCUCAAGAGCAAACUCCUCGCUGAGGCCAAAGAGAACAUUGUCAGGUCAUGCUGCAGGCGCUUUUACAACUGGCUGAAGGUGGCUCCAUACAGACCAGAUCAGCAAGUUGAGGAGGACGACGACCUGAUGGAUGAAAGUCAGGGCAAAGGCAUCCGUGUAAUGGGAGUAGCCUAUGCUCCCAGCAGAGACACACCUGUGUUCUGUGCUCUGAUCAACGGAGAGGGAGAGGUGGUGGACUUCUUGCGUCUGCCCUACUUCAUGAAGCGGAGGAACGCCUUCAGGGAGGAGGAGAGGGAGAGGAAGGCAAAUGACAUCGAGAACCUGAAGAAAUUUUUGAUUAGCAAAAAACCUCAUGUGGUCGCUGUUGCUGGGGAGAAUAGAGAUGCCCAUAUGAUAAUGGAGGACAUCAAGAGGACCAUCAGUGAACUGGAACAGGAGUCGUCUCUGCCAGCAGUGGGAGUGGAGCUAGUUGACAACGAAUUAGCAACUCUCUAUAUGAACAGCAAGAAGUCUGAGGCUGAUUUUAGGGACUACCCACCCCUGCUGCGACAGGCUGUGUCAGUAGCCAGGAAGAUCCAGGACCCUCUGGUGGAGUAUGCUCAGGUCUGCAGCAGUGAUGACGACAUCCUCUGCCUCAAACUGCAUCCACUACAGGAGCAAGUAGUAAAGGAGGACCUGCUCAAUGCUCUGUACUGUGAAUUCAUCAAUCGGGUCAAUGAAGUUGGAGUGGAUGUGAACAGGGCCAUCGCCCACCCAUAUACCCAGAGCCUGGUCCAAUAUGUCUGCGGUCUGGGCCCCAGGAAGGGCUCCCACCUUCUCAAGAUCCUGAAGCAGAACAAUACCCGUCUGGAAAACAGGACCCAGCUGGUCACCAUGUGCCACAUGGGGCCCAAGGUCUUCAUCAACUGUGCUGGUUUCAUCAAGAUUGAUACCACCUCGCUGGGUGACAGCACAGACUCCUACAUCGAGGUCCUGGAUGGGUCCCGUGUGCACCCUGAGACAUACGAAUGGGCCCGGAAAAUGGCGGUGGAUGCCCUGGAGUAUGACGAGUCGGCAGAAGACGCCAAUCCAGCCGGAGCGCUUGAAGAGAUCCUGGAAAACCCGGAGCGCCUCAAAGAUCUGGAUUUGGAUGCUUUUGCCGAAGAGCUGGAGAGACAGGGUUAUGGUAACAAGGGUAUCACUUUAUAUGAUAUCCGUGCUGAGCUGAGCUGCAGGUACAAAGACCUGAGAGUGCCCUACAGAGUCCCCAACACUGAGGAGGUCUUCAACCUGCUCACGAAGGAGACACCGGAGACCUUCUACAUCGGUAAGUUAAUCACCAGCGCAGUAACGGGCAUUGCCCACCGGCGGCCCCAGGGUGAGAGCUAUGACCAGGCUAUCCGCAACGACACCACGGGGCUGUGGCAGUGCCCCUUCUGCCAGCAGGACAAUUUUCCUGAGCUCAGCGAGGUGUGGAACCACUUUGACAGCGGCUCAUGUCCAGGUCAGGCCAUUGGGGUACGGACCCGGUUAGAUAACGGCGUCCAAGGAUUCAUUCCCACCAAGUUCCUCAGUGACAAGGUGGUCAAGCACCCUGAAGAGAGGGUAAAGGUGGGCAUGACAGUGCAUUGUCGUAUAAUGAAGAUUGACAUUGAGAAGUUCAGCGUGGACUUGACCUGCCGCACCUCAGACUUGAUGGACAAGGGCAACGAGUGGAAGUUGCCCAAAGACACCUAUUAUGACUUUGACACAGAGACGGAGGACCAAAAACAAGAGGAGGAGCUCAAAAAGAAACAGCAGAGAACACCCUAUAUAAAGCGUGUCAUCGCCCACCCCAACUUCCACAACAUCAGCUUCAAGCAGGCAGAGAAGAUGAUGGAGUCCCUGGACCAGGGAGACCUGGUCAUUAGGCCAAGCAGCAAAGGAGAGAACCACCUCACCGUCACCUGGAAGGUGGCUGAUGGCAUUUACCAGCAUGUGGAUGUGAGAGAGGAGGGUAAAGAGAAUGUCUUCAGUUUAGGACACACCCUCUGGAUCAACAACGAAGAGUUUGAAGAUCUGGACGAGAUCUCUGCUCGGUACAUUCAGCCCAUGGCAUCAUUUGCCCGGGACCUACUUGGACAUAAGUACUUCCAGGAGUGUAAUGGAGGAGACAGGAAGAAAAUGGAGGAGUUGUUAGUCAGGACAAAGAGAGAGAAGCCUACGUUCAUUCCUUACUUUAUUUCGGCUUGCAAAGAUCUACCAGGGAAGUUCAUACUGGGCUACCAGCCUCGUGGAAAAGCACGGGUCGAAUAUGUGACCAUCACCCCAGAUGGUUUCCGCUACCGUUCUCAGAUAUUUCCUACGGUGAACGGACUGUUCCGUUGGUUCAAGGACCACUACCAAGAACCUGUACCUGGUGUCACACCCACCAACAGCAGCAGAACAAGGACACCUGCGUCUCUCAACGCCACCCCGGCCAACAUCAACAUCGCAGAUCUGACACGUGCAGUCAAUUCUCUCCCACGCACCAUGACCUCACAGAUGUUCAACGCCAUUGCGGCAGUCACGGGCCAGGGCCAGAACCCCAACACUACGCCAGCACAGUGGGGCUCAAGCCAGUAUGGAUACGGUGGCAGCACUGGGGGAGGAGGAGGCAGUUCCUCUGCCUACCAUGUUUUUGCCACGCCCCAGCAGCCCAUAGCGACACCAAUGAUGACGCCCAGCUACUCCUACACCACACCCAGCCAGCAGGCCCUGGGCACACCGCAGUACCCUGGCUCCACUCCGCAGUCCUCCCACUCGCAUGGACACGCCCACUCGCACGGAGCACCCUCGUCACACCACGGCCACCACAGCGGACACAACGCUCACUCGUCCGGCACACCCUCCUCCAUCUCGUCCCGAGGACGUACCCCACAGCAGCCAAAGCCCAGCAGCAGCAGCUCUGCAGUGGAUUGGGGAAAGAUGGCAGAGCAGUGGCUUAAGGAGAAAGAAGCAGAGGGGCGCAAGAAGACACCAAGGAUGACCCCGCGGCCAUCGCCUAGCCCCAUGAUCGAGAGCACGCCCAUGUCCAUCGCCGGAGACGCCACACCCCUCUUGGACGAAAUGGACCGAUAGGACACGGGGGGGAGGGGGGGGAGGGCCUCACUACACCCCCCCCUUACCCACAUCUACUUGUUUUACCACCUUCGCAUUUUUAUCUGGAUACCCCCUUUAACCCCCUCCGUCGUUAUCUCCCAUCACACCUCAUCAGCACUUUCAUCCAACUGUUUCGUCACCGGAGACUCCCAUUCCAUCCAGCCUGCCGUCAGAGUGUGCUCACAACUUUCAGCCCUGUGUAUCUGCCUGGACCAACCUAACCCUUUCCUUCUUGUUAUGUUUCCCCCUCUGUGCUUUUAGUUUUUCCCCAUAUUUCUUUCUUCAUCACCUCCGGUCUUCUCAUCUGGCCACUAAGUGUUUUAUAUAGUCAUGAUAACACUGUAUUGUCACUCAGAAGGUCACCAUAAUGACAAAAAACUUGAAAUGGCUGAUGACAAUUACAAAUAGGACAUGGACCUAUAGACUGUCAGUUUGUAUCCUGUUAUCUUACAAAUAAAAUUGACUUGACAUGACCUAUCUUUUUUUUUUUUUUUUGGAUUUUGUUUGCUGGCCAGUUUUGCCAGAGCAGAUUGACUCAUGCAGCCUCUUCAAGAGUGUCUAAGACCUCACUUUUCCCCCAAAUGAUGAUUGAUGGAUUUUCUUCCGAAUGGUUGCCAAACAUGUUGCCAGACACGGGCGAUUCCUAUGUUGGUAGCCAACGCCCAGUUCAAACUUCAAGCCUGGGCGUCCGGGUAGCAUAGCGGUCCGUUCCAUCGCCUACCAACACGGGGAUCACCGGUUCGAGUCCCCGUGUUACCUCCGGCUUAGUCGGGCGUCCCUACAGACACAACUGGCCGUGUCUGCGGGUGGGAAGCCAGAUGUGGGUAUGCGUCUUGGUCACUGCACUAGCGCCU